AUGGCAUCUACGGUCCUGAGACGUUCUCCGAAGAAGCUGUUUGCAGGGAGGGCACUCUCAACCGCAAAGGCCGUGACGGGCACGUCGCUUCCCAAGUCCUGGUACAACAUCCAGGCCGACCUGCCGGUGCCUCUCCCACCACCGCUGCAUCCGGGUGAGUUGCGGCCGUGCACGGCCGAAGACUUCGCUCCGCUGUUUCCAGAGUCCCUCAUUGCGCAGGAGGUGUCAACGGAGAGGUACCUGGACAUUCCCGAAGAGGUCAGGGAGGUCCUGAACCUUUGGCGCCCAACGCCCCUGAUACGAGCUUCCCGCUGGGAGAAGAUCCUUGGACUUCCAGAAAAUGUCAAGAUCUUCUACAAGUACGAGGGCGGUUCACCGUCUGGAUCUCAUAAGACGAACACUGCCGUCCCUCAGGUGUACUACAACAAGCAGGCAGGCACCAAGAAGAUCACCACUGAAACUGGAGCGGGCCAGUGGGGUUCUGCACUGGCUUGGUCUGGAGGACAGUUUGGCCUGCCGAUUGAGGUUUACCAGGUGAAGGUUUCCUACGAGCAAAAGCCCUACCGGAAGGCUUUCAUUGAAGCCUGCGGCGCAGACAUUUUCCCGUCCCCGUCUAUCAGAACAACCGUGGGCACAAAGGCCCUUGAGCAGGACCCCAAAUGUCCAGGGUCUCUGGGCAUUGCAAUCUCCGAAGCCAUCGAGGCGUGUGUUUCCUCUGGAGAGGCCAAGUACGCCCUGGGUUCGGUUUUGUCCCAUGUGCUUAUGCACCAGACCGUCAUCGGCCAAGAAGCCCUGGAGCAAUUGUCACACUUCGGGGAAUACCCUGAUGUGGUUGUUGGCUGUACUGGUGGAGGCAGCAAUUUUGCUGGCAUCGCUUUCCCUUUCCUUGGGCAGAAGCUGCGGGCUGAAGCAGAAAAGCCGGAGAUUCGUUUCGUUGCUGUGGAGCCAGCAGCGUGCCCCUCUCUUACACGGGGAGCCUAUGCCUAUGACUUUGGGGACACUGCAAAGCUCACCCCGCUGCUGAAAGCUCACACGCUCGGCUCUGGCUUCAUGCCACCCUCGGUCCACUCUGGUGGGCUCAGAUAUCAUGCCAUGGCUCCUCUGAUUUCACACCUCAAAGAGCUGGGAACUAUCGAGGCAGAGGCAGUGCAGCAAACGGCCGCUUUCGAUGCAGGGUCAUCCUUCUUUCGAGCUGAGGGCAUUCUUCCAGCACCGGAGGCGACACACGCAAUUGAAGGCGCACUUCAAGAAGCCAGGGCAGCAGCUAAAUCAGGUCAGCCUUGCGUGAUCCUUUUCAACAUGUGUGGACAUGGCCAUUUCGAUAUGUUUGCGUGGGAGAAAUAUGCCAAGGGCGAGAUGGAAGACUUUGAGUUCCCAGAGAAGGAGCUCCAGGAAGCUUUGAAGACGGUUCCUGGUUUGAACGGCGUGAACUGGCCAUGA